CAUAGCUUUUUUAAUUUCACUUGAAUCACAUAAAUGAAACAAAAACUAUUAAAAUAAUGAAUCAAAAUCGCAGAAGCACUAGUCAGAUUGUGUAAUUUUAGUGUGAAUCAAUUGUAAUCAUUGGUAAACUAGCAGGUAUGGCAUCGACCAUACUAAAGUAAACAAACCGCAUCGUGUAAAUGUGCAUUCUCGCAGUGUAUUCCUCAUUGCAUACCUCGCUAAAUUCAUCUACAAUAACGUAGAACCAGCAAGAUACCAAAAAUCCAAUAACCGGUGAAAGAAAACAACCAAAAAAUGGUUCACUUUUGCAAACUGUGCCAAUUGCUUCACAAAAGCAUGGAUUACAUCGAGUGCGAUGGAAGCAACGUAUGGCUCUUGGAGUCGGUGUUCAAGCUAAAGAUCAUCCCCGUCAACGGUCGGGUAGAACCAAUCUGCCAGAAGUGUAUCGAUAAGUACAACAAAGUCAUGCGGCGAAAGCGAAAAGCCAACGGAGGCUUUCCGAUUUCGCAGAAUCAAAUGUUUCCCAUCACGACGACGACAACGGUAACUUCAUCCACCCAGCUCGUGAUUGCCGGAUCGAUGAUGAACGAAGUGGUUCAAAGGCAGCGACCGGAACCACAGCUGACAAUGGCUACCGCAGCUCAGCUGAGACAGGAGGAUUCCUCCACCGAGAUGGUGACAGCUAACAGUUUUCAGCUAAAUAUCACCGGAGCCGCCGCUGUCUAUAGAACCACCGGGAAGGAAGGACGGGGUAGUUCCGAGGAUGAUAGUUCAGCAGAUAAAAGUAGUGAUGGGGAAGAUGAUGAAGACGAUGAUGAUGAUGAUGAUGACGGAGCUGAUGGUGGUAGCAGUGAUUCUAGUGAUUGCUGUAGUGACGGAUCGUAUGAUAGUAGUUCCAGCUAUAGCACAACGAGUAGCAGUGUAAGUUCAACCGAGACGCGAACGAGCCUUCGAAUUGAUGAAGCUGAAUCGGAAAGGAUGGAACAAAUGGAGUCGAACGGUUCGUUGGAAAUUGAUGAGAAUGCUGAAGAUUCACUAUCAGUAGAUACUGGGGCAGUUGCAAAAUCGGAGGUGGUAAUGGAGCAAGAAACCACGAUGAAUUCGGACACAGGGAAUGAAAACUCAAAAAAGACGAAAAAGAGAAAGAAACGUGAAAAGGGUCAACCGCAUAUUUGCGAAAUUUGCAAGAGGGAAUUCACGAAAGCAGUAUAUCUUCGGGUUCACAUGAGGACUCAUACAGGGGAAAAGCCAUUUGCCUGUGAUAUUUGUUUUAAAAGUUUCACUCAGGCCUCGAGUUUGAAUACCCACAAGAGAUUGCAUUCCAAGAUUCGUCCUUUUACUUGUGAGAUAUGCGGAGCUGAAUACACAAGUUCCGGAAACUUCAAAGUACAUUUCCGGACGCAUACUAUGGAAAAACCCUACAAGUGUAGUUACUGUGAAAAAUCUUUUAACCAGCACUCAUCAAAGAAAUUACACGAACGUAUUCAUAACAAUGAGAAACCUUACAUCUGCCAGGUCUGCUUGAAAGCUUUUUCCAACAUCAGCAAUUUGCACGUUCAUGCACGAAUUCACAACAACGAACGUCCGUACGAGUGCAACCUAUGCGAAAAGAACUUCGCUCAAUCACAGACGUUGAAAACUCACGUGCUCUCAAAGCAUACCGAAAACAGACCGUUCCGGUGUGACAUAUGCCCGAGAACUUACGCAACGCAAUCGAAUUUAAAUAACCACAAAAACUGCCAUCUGUCAGAGAAACCAUUCGUUUGCGACGAAUGCGGUGGACGUUUUACCCAGAAGAGCUCCCUAAAGACACAUAUCCUAGCACACAAAAGCGAAAAGAAUCAUCACUGCCCCAAGUGUGGCAAAGGUUUCACAACGUUAGCAACUUUGAACACCCACCAGAAGUACGUUCGCUGCGACCGAGCGGGUGAACCUGCGGUCUAUCACUGUACCUACUGUGUGCGGAAGUUUAAGCAGAAGACCCGAUUCCGGACCCACAUGAGGACGGUGCAUCAGAAGGACAUCGACGAGGUGCCGAUGGUCGAUGAGAUACCGGCCGGCGAAGAGGAAUCGGCGCAGCCGGUCGGCGAGAAUACACCGGAGAUGCUUGGUGGUAUACUGAAUGACGGGAUGGAAGGUUUAUCGUCGGCGCUGGUUACCGACUUUGAGGACCAUUUUGCUGCACAUAAUUUCUAGCAGCGGGAGUAACAAGUGGCGAGGUAGAUGUUUUGCAUUUUACUGGCGACUAUCGUUAUUGUGUACGCGCUUCAAUUUUAUCGUUUUCGAGCUUACGUGAAUCCAAAGUAAUUUUCAUAUGCUAAAGUGCUCCUUUUUUAAAAAAAAUUAGUGUAAUUUCUAUCAAUAUCAGAUAAAUGGUCUUAUAGAUACCUAUGGUCAGAUGUUAUAUUACCCAGUCUGAUUCAAGUGCUUGUUCUUAAAAGUUCUCCUUUUCGCUGAACUGGUCAAACAUCAAGGCUAAGUCAGAUACUGAUGAGUUGAAUACGAACACUGUAUCCUAUCUUAAUGAAAAAAAAAACAAAUCUAAUUGUAUGGUUAUCGAUACAGAACGGCGCAUGCUCCAGAAU